AUGGUAACUGAUUAUUGCAUUGUUUUAUUUAGAUGUUCACCACAACAUAGAGCCGCGUUACAUGGCGAUAAACUAGCGGAAAAAUGGCUGGACGAAUUAAAAAAGCAAGAGAACGGCGGGACCCCGUCAUUUCUUAACGCAAUUUUCAGGAUAUACGGACCGAAGUUCCUACUUUUUAACGUCACUUUUGCUUUUAUUGAUUCCUGUUUUAGAAUAACGAUACCGAUCUGCCUCGAGGGUUUGAUAAAUUAUUUUUCGCCCUUACAUUCCGGAAUGACUGAUCUUAGCGCUUAUUUAUACGCCUUCGGCAUAGUAGGAUUAAUGUUCCUAAGCGCAGUAUUAACGCAUUCAAUGCUACUUUUUCAACUCGAAAGUAGCAUGAUACUAACAAAAGCCUGUUCUUCAUUGAUCUAUAGAAAGCUCCUGCGCAUCAAUCUAGCAGCUGGUGGUAAAGCUUCAGAAGGCCUCACAGGGUACAUAGUAAACUUACUAACAAUAGACACAGAACGAUUUCAAAUGGCAAGCAUCUACCUCAUAGAUUUAGUAAGAAUACCGAUAGAAACGACUGUAAUAGUCUACUUGAUGUACAGACAAAUCGGUGUGUCCGCGAUCUUUGGAGUUGGUUUCUUGUUAUUAUUUAUUCCACUGUUAAGUUAUUUUGGUAAAAUAGCGAGUAAAUUGACAGAGAAAAUGACAGUUCGCACAGAUAACAGAAUACGACUCAUGAAUGAGGUUAUACAGAGUAUAGAAGUAAUUAAAAUGUACGCUUGGGAGAAUGCUUUUGAGAAAAUUAUCAAGAACGCUAGAAGAAAAGAAAUGAACGUCAUAAGAACUCUAACCUGGCUCUACGCAAUGAUGUUCUCGUGUUCCAAAUUGAAUACACAAAUAGCCUUAAUAAUCAGCAUCCUAUCGUUCAUCGCGUUCGAAAACGUCAUCACUGCAGCGAAAAUCUUCGUCGUCAUAUCCUACUAUGAGAGCAUCAGAAUGUACAUGGUGGAAUCGUUCCCCAUGUCGAUAACCAUGGUCCUGGAAUCCUAUAUCAGUGUUAAGAGGAUCCAAGAGUUUCUGCUGCUGCCUGAAGUUGAGAAGAAUGUUGAUCUGUGGAAGAUAUUCGGCGAUGAUAAAAAUGGGUAUAGUGCAGGAAAAUCAUUAUUGAAAACGGAACCCCGUGCUGAGUUAAUAAAAUUUAAAGACUUUACAGCCAGUUGGAGUAAUAGUGAAGAAACGAAGGGUCAACAACCGGCGUUAUCAGAUAUUAACUUAACGAUAAAACCAAACACUCUCACUACAAUAAUUGGUCCAGUGGGAUCGGGGAAGUCUACUCUUCUUAUGUCAAUAUUGGAAGAGCUUCCUCCAAGCAGUGGAGAACUAGCAGUGAACUGUACCGUAUCUUACGCUGCGCAGGAGUCUUGGCUGUUUGACGCUUCAGUUCGACAGAAUAUAAUAUUCGGUCAAGACUUUGACGCAGUUAGAUACAAAAAAGUGGUAAAGUGCUGUCAACUGGAAACCGAUCUUAAGGCUUUCCAGCACGGAGAUCAGUCUCUCGUUGGAGAGAAAGGAGUAACAUUGUCAGGCGGGCAGCGCGCGCGCAUAUCGUUAGCACGUUGUGUGUAUCAAGACGCAGAUGUUUAUCUAUUAGAUGAUCCAUUAGCUGCAGUUGAUGCUAAGGUGGCCCAAGCAAUGUACCAGGACUGCAUCCGAGGCUUCCUCCAAAACAAGACUGUGCUCCUGGUGACGCAUCACGUACAGUUUGCUAGAUACGCUGAUAAUAUUUGCGUUAUCAGAGGCGGUAAGAUCGUGUCUCAAGGUACAUACCAAGAAUUAAGAACAGCAGUAACAGAGUUGGAACAGAUGUCAGAAGCCACAGAAGAUAAAACGGAGAAGAAGGAGAACGAAGCAUUAAAAACGCAGAAAUCUUUGAGCGAAUCCGUCAACAGUUUGGAUGUUAACGACGAGGAGCCGCAACAUAAAGAUGAGAGCCAAUCGGAAGGCGCUGUGUCUAGUAGUGUAUACAUCUCGUACAUAACAAGUGGUGGUGGCAAAAUAGCUUUGUUCGUUUUGCUAAUGCUCUUCGUAGCAGGACAAUCGUUUUAUUCAUCGACUAAUCUGUGGCUUGCUAAGUGGGUGAACGUGGAAGAAGCUAAUAGUGCAAUCAACCUUGAUAACACAUCAAUUUCUAAUGACAACAAAACAUUACUAAACUCUACGCUAGUGGACUUCGAAGAUCUAGACAAGAACACCUGGCAUAUAUCCCGUAGUGUCUACGUAUAUAUCUAUGUCACUCUAAUCGUCGCUUGUCUCUUUCUAACAUGGAGUAAGAUGUUGUACUUCUACAAUACUUGCCUCCGCGCAUCUAUUAAGCUACACGAAGCUAUGUUUAGAGGAGUCACAAACGCACCGAUGUGGUUCUUCCACCACAACCCUUCAGGUCGAAUCCUGAAUAGAUUUUCGAAUGAUAUCAGCCAAGUCGACACGAUGUUGCACUGGAACCUAUCGGAAUGUUUAUCUUUCUUCCUAGAAGUCGUAGCUGUGCUGUUUGUGGUGUGCUUGGUAAACUGGUGGCUUCUGUUUCCCACUGCGGCCGUGGCGGCGUUACUAUGGCUGUUACGUUCGUUAUAUCUCACUACGAGCAGGGAACUGAAAAGAAUUCAGGCUAUAACUGUCAGUCUGAGUCUCAACCACGCGACUUCGACCGUCUCUGGUUUACCAACGAUCCGUUCAGUGAAGAAUCAAUUGAAAACCUUGGCCAAGGAAUUUGAUAAACUUCAAGACUUGCACACUACGGCGCAAAGCGUCGAACUGACCACGGACAGAGCAUUUGGAUUCUGGAUGGAUGUUGUUUGCUGCUUGUAUCUCGCUUCUGUCACAUUUAGUUUCUUCAUUUUUGUGACGGGUGAUACACUUGGAGGAAACGUCGGCCUUGCCAUAACACAAGCAAUAAGUUUAGUUGGAAUGUGUCAGUUUGGAAUGAGACAGACUGCAGAAAUGGAGAAUCAGAUGACGUCUGUGGAAAGGAUAUUGGAAUAUGCGGAUUUACCAGCAGAACAACCAACUGAGCCUGAUACAAAAGCCUUACGACAGAACCAUACGGGCUUGGACUUCAACGCUUGGCCGGAAAAUGGAGAAAUAGUAUUCAAAGACGUAUUCCUAGAAUACGAGGCUCCCCCUCAAAAAGAGAAGAAGGGAGAUAAUCUUGCAAUACGCGGCGUAUCCUUUAAGAUCAGACCUGGGGAGAAAGUUGCUGUUGUGGGCAGAACUGGAGCCGGAAAGAGUUCUUUGAUCGCUGCGUUAUUUAGAUUAAACAAAAUAACAGGCUCGAUAACAGUAGAUGGAGUCACCGCUGAGGUGGCCGGUCUACGCACCUGGAGAUCGAGGCUCUUCGCCUUACCGCAGCGACCAGCUUUAUUUGCAGCCACGCUACGUGAUAACUUGGACCCGGAGCAGAAGUACAGUGACGCACAAAUUCAUACAGCUUUAAAAGAGGUUGAAUUGGAAUCCUUAGUAACAGGAUUGGCUGGGGGUCUCUCAUCUCGUGUGGGAGAUGGGGGUGGCAAUCUGUCAUCUGGACAGAGACAGCUACUGUGUUUAGCUCGCGCAGCGUUAGCGCGACGAGCUGUGCUUGUGUUGGACGAGGCAACAGCUAACGUUGAUACUGAAACAGAUAAACAGAUCCAGAACACGAUUCGCACAAAAUUCUCGACAUCAACAGUUCUGACGAUCGCCCACAGACUCAACACUGUCAUGGACUACGAUAGAGUCAUUGUAAUGGAUAAAGGCCGUGUAGUAGAAUCUGGACAUCCUUACGAACUGUUGCAAGACGAAAUAUUCUCCUCAGCUGAAGAUAUUCGUAACGAUGGGACGGGGUAUGCUUUUGACCAUAUGAACAAAAUUAAGAAAAUGUUGGGUGAUCAUUCUCAAAGAUCAAAUGACAGUAAAGUGAAGGGAAUUUUCAAGUCGCUAGUUGCACAGACGGGAUCCGAAUCUGCUGCUAUACUGUACAAGAUGGCGGAAGAGAGCUACGUCAAUCUUCGUCUCAAAAAGGAUUCGUAG